AUGGGUGAUGACGAAGAAAUCAUUUUCAAAGCUCAUCCAGAAUCUGUCAAAUCUAUUUACUGUUCACCAAACAAUCCACGUAUUUUCUGUACUGGAGCUGAAGAUGGAUUUUGCAAGAUGUGGGACCGUCGUACGCUUGAGGCGACUAUUGCACUUAAUAAGUGCAGUGAUGAAGUAGUGAUGAGUAUUGACGCUCUGAAAUUUAUGCCACCAAAUCAUUCAGAACUUCUGUGGCGUGCUAAAUUUUCACCAGAACGGACUGGGCAUCGUUUCAUUUACACU